AGUUCCUGACGGGCCACCAAGGAGACGACACUGUGACUUUCAGGUAACUAAGUGUUUGCUGUGCAGAAUACUUUACCUGGGCACCCAAGUCUUCCUUCCAGCAUUCUGCUGCUGUGGCCUAUUUCCUAAGAGCAACCUGGUUUAUGGUGGUGUUGCCAGGCAACGAGGGACCGUGGUCUUGUUGAAGAGCCAUUUGUCACAUUCAGUGGACUGGUUGAAAUGCAAUAAAGAAAUGACACCAGCUCCUCCUCAUGUCUUGGCCACCACUAAGAACGUCUUUAGUUUUAUCUCCGUGUGAAAACGAGCCUGCCAUUUGCCCAAGAUGGAGGAGUAUCUCAACACUACUUAAAGGAACCUGCUUCAAAGUGUCGCUGGCAAGCGGAGCGGGCCUGAUUAUUUAUUUAGGAAUGGCUUCUCAAGAGAAGAAUGCUUUUUUGUAAACAUGAAUUGCCUGGCUCUUUCAUUAGGCUUUGGUAUCUUGUUUCAGGUUAUUGAAACAUUGAUCUUUGCCUAUUUUGCUUCAGUAUCGUUGGCUGACUCCCGGGGUCUUUUCCCAAGGCUGGAGAAUGUAGGAGCUUUCAAGAAGGUUGCACUUGUGCCAACCCAAGCAGUGUGUGGACUCCCACACCGAAGCACUUUCUGUCACAGCUCUGUGGAUGCUGAGAGUAUUCAGUUCUGUACCCAGCGGUUUUGCACACAGGGUUGCCCCUACCGAUCUUCCUCCCCUACGUAUACUGCCCUGUUCUCAGCAGGCCUCAGGAGCUGUCUCAUCCCAGACAAGAAUGAUCUGCAUCCUUACUCCCAGAGCAACUCUACAAGUUUUAUUUUUGGAAAUCACAAGAAUUGCUAUUCUUCUCCUCCUUCUCCGAGGCUGGUGGAAGCAUUUACAUUCACUGUGUGGCUGAAACCUGAGCGAGAAGGUGUAAUGUGUGUUAUAGAAAAGACGGGGGAUGGGCAGAUUGUGUUCAAACUUACAAUAUCCAGGAAAGAGACCAUGUUUUAUUAUCGCACAGUAAGUGGUUUGCAGCCUCCAAUAAAAGUAAUGACACUGGGGAGAAUUCUUUUGAAGAAAUGGAUUCAUCUUAGUGUGCAGGUGCAUCAGACAAAAAUCAACUUCUUUAUCAAUGGUUUGGAGGAGGAUAAUACAGCUUUUUAUGCAACAACUUUAAGUGGUUCAAUUACAGAUUUUCCUUCCAGUACUAUUCGAAUAGGACAGAGUUUAAAUGGAUUAGAGCAAUUUGUUGGAAGAAUGCAAGAUUUUCGAUUAUACCAAGUGGCACUUACAAACAGAGAGAUUCUGGAAGCUUUCUCUGGAGAUUUGUUUCAAUUGCAUGUCCAGUCACAUUGCCGCUGCCCUGGCAGUCACCCUCGCAUCCACCCUUUGGUCCAGCGGUACUGCAUCCCUAAUGAUGCAGAAGACACAACCAAUGAUAGAGUGUUACGGCUGAAUCCCGAAGCACAUCCUCUCUCAUUCAUCAAUGAUAAUGACCUCAGUACUUCGUGGAUUUCACAUGUGUUUACAAACAUUACCCAGCUUAAUCAAGGAGUGACUAUCUCAAUGGAUUUGGAAAAUGGACAAUAUCAGGUAUUUUACAUUAUCAUUCAAUUCUUUAGUCCACAACCAACAGCAAUAAGGAUUCAAAGAAAGAAGGAAGAUGGUUUAGAUUGGGAGGACUGGCAAUAUUUUGCUAAAAAUUGCAGUGUUUUUGGAAUGAAAAACAAUGGGGAUUUGGAAAAGCCUGAUUCUGUCAACUGUCUUCAGCUUCCCAAUUUUACUCCAUACUCCCAUGGUAAUGUCACAUUCAGCGUUCUGACACCUGGGCCGAAACUUCGUCCUGGAUUCAAUGACUUCUAUAAUAACCCAUCUCUUCAAGAAUUUGUCAAAGCCACACAGAUAAGACUUCAUUUCCAAGGGCAGUACCAUACAACUGAGGCUGCUGUCAGCCUUAGUCACAGAUAUUAUGCGGUGGAUGAAAUCACCAUCGGUGGGAGAUGUCAGUGCCAUGGUCAUGCUAGUAAUUGUAACACAACCAGCCAGCCCUACAUAUGCCUCUGCUCUUCGGAAAGCUUCACUGAAGGACUUCACUGUGAUCGCUGCCUGCCACUGUAUAAUGACAAGCCUUUCCGCAGAGGCAAUCACCUUCACGCUUUCAAUUGUAAACCUUGUGAGUGCAAUGGCCAUUCCAGGAGCUGCCAUUACAAUGCCUCUGUAGAUCCUUUUCCUCUUGAGCAUCAGAGAGGAGGAGGAGGAGUCUGUGAUGCCUGCCAGCAUAAUACUACAGGGAGGAACUGUGAACUGUGCAAGGAUUACUUUUUCCGACAAGUGGGUGCAGAUCCUUCAGCCAUUGAUGUUUGCAAAUCCUGUGACUGUGAUAAAGCUGGAACUAGAAACAGGAGCCUCCUUUGUGAUCUGAUUGGAGGCCAGUGUAAUUGUAAGAGACAUGUGUCUGGCAGACAGUGCAAUCAGUGCCAGAACGGAUUCUACAAUCUACAAGAGUUGGAUCCUGAUGGCUGCAGUCCCUGUAACUGCAAUACCUCUGGGACAGUGGAUGGAGAUAUUACCUGUCACCAAAAUUCAGGCCAGUGCAAGUGCAAAGCAAAUGUUAUUGGGCUUAGAUGCAAUCACUGCAAUUUUGGAUUCAAAUUUCUUCAAAGUUUUAAUGAUGAUGGAUGUGAGCCCUGCCAGUGUAACCUCUACGGCUCAGUGGACAAAUUCUGCAAUCCUUUCUCUGGGCAGUGUGAGUGCAAAAAAGAAGUCAAAGGUCUUCAGUGUGACACCUGCAGAGAAAACUUCUAUGGGUUAGACAUUGCUGGUUGUAAGGCCUGUGACUGUGACCCAGCUGGAUCCCUUUCUGGGACUUUCUGUGAUGCUGAGACAGGGCAGUGCACCUGUAAAACCAACAUAGGAGGGAGACGGUGUAAUCAGUGUUUGGAGGGACACUUCUACCUACAGCAAAAUAAUUCUUUCCUCUGUCUGCCUUGUAACUGUGAUAAGAUGGGGACAGUAAAUGGCUCUCUGUUGUGUGACAUAUCAACAGGACAAUGUCCUUGCAAAUUAGGGGUAACAGGUCUUCGCUGCAAUCAAUGUGAACCUCACAGGUACAAUUUGACCACGAGCAACUUUCAAGGCUGCCAGAUGUGUGAGUGUGACUCCUUGGGGACAUUUCCUGGGACUAUUUGUGACCCAAUCAGUGGCCAGUGCCUAUGCUUGCCUAAUCGUGAAGGAAGAAGGUGUGAUCAGUGUCAACCAGGUUUUUAUAUUUCUCCAGGCAGUGCUGCUGGCUGCCUGCCAUGUUCAUGCCAUGCAACUGGUGCAGUUAAUCACAUCUGUAAUAGCCUAACUGGCCAGUGCAGGUGCCAAGAUGCUUCCAUUGCUGGGCAAAGCUGUGACCAAUGUAAAGAGCAUUACUUUGGAUUUGAUCCUCAGACUGGAAGAUGUCAGCCUUGUAAUUGUCAUCUCUCAGGAGCCUUGAAUGAAACCUGUCACUUGGUCACAGGCCAGUGUUUCUGUAAACAAUUUGUCACUGGUUUGAAGUGUGAUGCUUGUGUUCCCAGUGCAAGCCAUUUGGAUGUCAACAAUCUGUUGGGUUGCAGCAAAACUCCAUCUCAGCAACCUCCACCCAGAGGACAAGUUCAAAGUUCUUCUGCCAUCAAUCUCUUCUGGAGUCCACCUGAUUCUCCAAAUGCCCAGUGGCUUACUUACAGUUUAUUCAGGGAUGGUUCUGAAAUCUACAUUUCUGAAGAUCAAUACCCAUUCAAUACUCAACAUUACUUAGACACUUCCCUGUCACCGUAUACCUCAUAUUCAUAUUACAUCAAGACCACCAGUGUGCAUGGUUCAACAAGGAGUGCAGCUGUCACUUACAGGACAAAGCCAGGGGUUCCAGAGGGACAUCUAAACUUAAGCUAUACCAUUCCUGUUAGCUCAGAUUCGGUGACACUUACCUGGAGUACACUCUCUAAUCAUUCUGGUCCUAUAGAGAAAUACAUUUUGUCCUGUGUUUCUUUGGAUGGCAUUCAACCAUGUGAUCCCUACGAAGGUCAUGAAACCUCAGCUACCAUCUGGAAUCUGGUUCCAUUCACCAGGUACCAUUUUUCUGUACAGGCAUGUACUAGUGGGGGAUGCUUGCACAGCUUACCCAUUAUGGUGACCACAGCUCAAGCACCUCCCAGAAGGCUGAGCCCUCCUGAGAUACAGGAAAUCAGUUCCACAGAACUUCAUGUACAAUGGUCCCCACCACUGGAACCAAAUGGAAUAAUUAUAAGGUAUGAAUUAUACAUGAAAAGAUUGAGAUCUACUGAAGAAAGUCAAGUGUUUCAAAGCAGUGGCUGGCUCAGUCCUCACCCAUUUGCAGAAUCGACCAGUGAUAAUGCACUAAAGCCUCCUCAAGCAGCAACAGUCAUUACUGGCUUGGAGCCCUACACAGAGUACGAGUUUAGGGUCUUGGCUGUGAAUAUGGCGGGUAGCAUGUCUUCUGUCUGGAUCUCAGCAAGAACUGGAGAAUCGGCGCCUGUGUUCAUGAUCCCUCCUUUAGUUGUUCCACUCUCCUCGCACUCUCUCAAUGUCUCUUGGGAGAAGCCAGCAGAAAAUAUUACAAGAGGAAAAGUUGUGGGGUACAACAUCAAUAUGAUUUCCGAACAAUCACCUCAACAACCUGUCCCAGUGGUGCUUUCAAAGCUGUUGCACACGGCUAAAUCCCAAGACCUGUCUUAUGUUGUAAAAGGACUAAAGCCUUAUGGGAUAUACAAGUUUACUGUUUCUCUCUGCAAUUCAGUUGGUUGUGUAACCAGUGCUUCAGGAGCAGGACAAACUUUAGCAGCAGCACCUGCCCUCCUGAGGCCUCCUGUGGUUAAAGGAAUUAAUGGCACUACGAUUCACGUGAGGUGGUUUCUACCUGAAGAAGUAAAUGGUCCCUCUCCUCUAUACCAGCUGGAAAGGAGAGAGUCAUCCCUACCAGCUCCCAUGGCCACCAUGAUGAAAGGAAUCCGUUUCACAGGAAAUGGAUAUUGUAAAUUCCCCAGCACCACUCACCCGGUCGGUACAGACUUUACUGGUAAGAGUGUUUGA